CCAUCUCUUUAGUGUUAGGCCCGGACCUCCCGCCCAAGUCGAGGCAAGAAAACCGACGUGGACCGCGACGCUUCUCUAGGAUCACCACCUCGUCAUCCAUCCACCGAUUUCGAAUUACUCAGCACCGAUCCGAAGCCCCAGGCGGGCGACUGCCGCGGAUCAAUCCUUCUUCCGGCAUGACAACAAUCCCCCUCGCCGAGGCGACUUCCACAUCUGGACGGGUCCGCUGUUGCACUCGAUCUCGGGCCAAUCGCUGACCCCAGCACCUCCUGUCCGUCUCGAUCUACUUACACCACAACCGCGGUACCGCCAUCUCGUUGACUGCUACAUCGCCACCCGUUAUCGAUAAGCCGAAACCCCGCCGACGGACCCCCGUAAGAGGGAGCAUUCAUCCGCCCCCCACGGUGACGAAAUAUGCCCGCCGUUCGGAAAAGGGCGAAGACGAAGACGAAGACGAAGACGAAGAAGCAGCGUCGCGAGAAGUCGCAGCAGCUAGCCGCCUCACGAAUCUUCAAGGAAGCAUUGACACCACCGCCGCUGCCCACCAUGGACCCCCAAGCGAAGCGAAACAUUGUAAUCGUCGGUGGUGGCAUCAUCGGUUCCACGACCGCCUACUUCCUCACCAGGCAUCCGAAAUACAACCCCGCCCUGCACCAGAUCACCAUCCUCGAGGCCACCUCCAUCGCGGCCGGCGCCUCGGGCAAGGCCGGCGGCCUGCUGGCCCUCUGGGCGUACCCGCAGUGCCUCGUGCCGCUGUCGUACCGCCUGCACAAGGAGCUCGCCACGGAGCAUGGCGGUAAUAAGCGAUGGGGCUACCGGAGAGUGAAAUGUGGCAGUUUCGAGGCCCGCGUCACCAAGCAGAUGCUCGACAAGCCGAAGCCGUUGCUGAAGCCGACGCCGAAGCAAGAGCCAGAGGCGAUCGAAUCCAGUACGAACGGCGUCGGCGGCGGCAGCAGCAGCAAUGGGGAGCUGGGGCAGGAGCAGGAGAAAGGCUGGGAGAAGCUGCCGAAGCAGGACGAGGCCGCCGAGUCCAUGCUGGAGGAAUCGGUGCUGCCGCGGGAUCUCGACUGGGUGGACCGCGAGGCUGUCGAGUCGUACGCGGAGAUGGGCAUGCCGGGCGCGACCGAGACGGCCCAGGUGCACCCGUACCACUUCACCCGGUCGAUGGCGGCGCUUGCGCAGGACAAGGGCGUCGAGGUCCGGAUUAACGCGCAGCUCAAGAGCAUCAGCUCGUCCGGCGACGGCGUCGAGAGCGUCGAGUACCUCGACCGUGGGUCAGGCGAGACGCGCACCAUCGACGGCGUGACGGAUGUCCUCGUCUCCGCGGGGCCGUGGACCGGCCGCCUGCUGCCCCGCUCCAAGGUCACCGGCCUGCGCGCCCACAGCGUCGUGUACGACGCCGACGUCAGCCCCUACGCCGUCUUCACCAGCAUUAAGCUCCCUGCCGACUUCGUACCGGAGCACCGCGCCAGCAAGGGCCAGAGGAGGAAACACAAGCGGGUCGUCGACCCGGAGAUUUACGCCCGGCCGGGCGGCGAGGUGUACGCAUGCGGUGAGCCGGACGAAGACGUGCCGCUGCCGGACACGGCGGACAAGGUGCAGGUGGACGAGGCCAACUGCGACGAUAUCACCUCAUACAUCGCCACAGUGAGCCCGGCACUGGCCGCGGCGCCCGUCAAGGCGAAGCAGGCGUGCUACCUGCCCCAGCACGACUCGGGCCCGCUCAUCGGCGCGACGUCGGUGCCCGGCCUGUGGCUCGCGGCGGGCCACACGUGCUGGGGCAUCCAGAACGGCCCCGCCACGGGCAAGCUCAUGUCCGAGUACAUCCUAGACGGCAAGCCCUCCAGCGCCGACAUAUCGUCUCUGGACCCGAGGCGGUUCAGGGUGUAAGGGUCACCAACUGAUACAUACAGAUUUGGCAACAUAUGUACGGUGGCGGGGGGAGAAAAGCUGUUUUCCAUGCGUUAGUGGGGGGAGAGGCGGGGUGCCAAAGGCGACAGCAUACAUGCGAUGUAUUAGAGUAAAAACUAUUUCCAACGAAGUACGAGCCAAUGAUGAAUGCAUAAAAUCUAUUAAAGAGCCCAUCCAGAUGCUAAUUCUUCAGGCGCGUCGGCGUCAUCUCGUGUGACUACCGAUCCUACUUACUAUGCCCGCCAAUACCAAGACCCAACCAAGCCGAUGCAAGCUCUCUCUCUCUCUCUCUCUUUCAUUCAAAUCAUUAUCCCGUGAAAACUCCCAGCGAAAGCUAACUAACCCCCACGGAUGCCUGUCCAUUUUUUCAGUUUCCGCCCCCCAAAGGGGGAUGAAAUGUCCCGAAUGUCUGGUAGGCUGGUGGGGGUGUUUGAUGGCGAAAAGGGUAGAGACCUCGAUCUCGGUGCAUCAUCACCCCGGGCUUUUUGCCCGAGACCGAGCCUGGGAAACAACCCCCCCACCCCCACGGCCGCGAUCGGUGGUGGGCUGGAGGGGGGGGAGAACCCCACCGACUAACUCCCACGCCGGGCAAGCGCCCGCACAUGGACGGGUUCAUUUUUUUUCCUUUCCCUUUUC